GUGGGGGUUGCGGGGGCUCUUCGGGUCUCUCCCCCCAGCCCCGCUGCGCCAGAUCCCGGGGAGCCCUGCCGCUCUCUGCAUCCUUGGCUCGCGGCAGUGGGUCCCGCCAGGCUCGCCCUCCGCGCGGUCGCUCCGGGACGCCCGUCGCCCCGCCAGGCCGGGACCGCCGACCCCCAGUCGCCUCCCCGUUAACUGCUGCUCCUGCGCCUCGGGUUCUUGAGACAAGAUGCCGUCGGGUUUCCAACAGAUCGGCUCCGAAGACGGGGAGCCCCCACGGCAGCGAGUAACUGGGACCCUGGUCCUCGCCGUGUUCUCUGCUGUGCUUGGCUCCCUCCAGUUUGGCUAUAACAUUGGGGUCAUCAAUGCCCCGCAGAAGGUGAUUGAACAGAGCUACAAUGAGACGUGGCUGGGGAGGCAGGGGCCGGAGGGACCCAGCUCCAUCCCGCCAGGCACCCUCACCACCCUCUGGGCUCUGUCCGUGGCCAUCUUUUCUGUAGGCGGCAUGAUCUCCUCUUUCCUCAUUGGUGUCAUCUCUCAGUGGCUGGGAAGGAAGAGGGCCAUGCUGGUCAACAACAUCCUGGCGGUGCUGGGGGGCACCCUCAUGGGCCUGGCCAAUGCUGCUGCGUCCUACGAGAUGCUCAUUCUCGGACGGUUCCUCAUUGGCGCCUACUCAGGGCUCACGUCGGGGCUGGUGCCCAUGUACGUGGGGGAGAUCGCCCCCACUCACUUGCGGGGCGCCUUGGGGACGCUCAACCAACUGGCCAUCGUCAUUGGCAUUCUGAUCGCCCAGGUGCUGGGCUUGGAGUCCAUGCUGGGCACGGCCACCCUGUGGCCACUACUGCUGGGCAUCACGGUGCUGCCUGCCCUCCUGCAGCUGGUCCUGCUGCCCCUGUGCCCGGAAAGCCCCCGCUACCUCUACAUCAGCCGGAACCUGGAGGGGCCGGCCAGAAAGAGCCUGAAGCGCCUCACGGGCUGGGCUGACGUGUCUGGAGCGCUGGCUGAGCUGAAGGAGGAGAAGCGGAAGCUGGAGCGUGAGCGGCCGCUGUCCCUGCUCCAGCUCCUGGGCAGCCGCACCCACCGGCAGCCCCUGGCCAUCGCUGUCGUGCUGCAGCUGAGUCAGCAGCUCUCGGGCAUCAACGCUGUGUUCUACUAUUCAACCAGCAUCUUCGAGACAGCAGGGGUAGGACGGCCAGCCUACGCCACCAUAGGGGCCGGCGUGGUCAACACGGUCUUCACCUUGGUCUCGGUGUUCUUGGUAGAGCGCGCGGGGCGUCGGACCCUCCACCUCCUGGGCCUGGCGGGGAUGUGUGGCUGUGCCAUCUUGAUGACCAUAGCUUUGCUGCUGCUGGAGCGGGUUCCAGCCAUGAGCUACGUCUCCAUCGUGGCCAUCUUUGGCUUUGUGGCAUUCUUUGAGAUUGGCCCCGGGCCCAUCCCCUGGUUCAUCGUGGCUGAGCUGUUCAGCCAGGGCCCCCGCCCGGCGGCCAUGGCCGUGGCUGGUUUCUCCAACUGGACGUGCAACUUCAUCAUCGGCAUGGGUUUCCAGUACAUAGCGGAGGCGAUGGGUCCAUACGUCUUCCUUCUGUUCGCGGUCCUUCUGCUCUGCUUUUUCACCUUCACCUUCCUAAGAGUGCCUGAGACCCGAGGCCGGACAUUUGACCAGAUCUCUGCCGACUUCCGCCGGACGCCCUCUCUCUUAGAGCAGGAGGUGAAGCCCAGCACGGAACUGGAGUACUUGGGGCCGGACGAUGAGAAUGACUGAGGGGCCUGGCAGGGGCGGGAGGGCCGUGCUCUCGCCCACCCCCACCCCCACCCAGACCCCCUCCUCACCUGUGCACUUUAACCCUCUCUUCCCUGUUA